CAGACACCAACAUUUAUUGCAGAUGCUGUGCCAUGCCGCUGAAGGGGUAUGACGACGGUAGGCGAUUUGAAACGCCCUCUUGAUGCCGAGGAAGAGGCCUCUUCCAAAAAGGCGUGUCUGGAGGUGUCCGACGGGAAGACAGGUGAAGAUGGUGGCCAGCAAGGUGAUGAGCUGAAGAGGACCAAAACACAUGAAGAAGAAUUUGAUGAACUCUUUGAGGGUGGCUUUUUGGAUGAGCCUCUUAAGGCUCCUGUGGCUCCCGAAGAGGCAGCUAGAAGAGAAUUCGCAGAGACGAUUGCACAGAAGGGCUACAGAGUGGACGAGGAGGAGUUGCCAGAGCUUUUGACUGUGAUUCAUGAAAAGGCUCCUUCAUGGGGUGAACAGAAAGAGAGGCGUUCUGCAGCUUUCCUCAUAGGCUGUAUUGCCCGAUCCACCCGGGCAUGUCGAAUCAGCUUCGUGGCACAGGAUGGCUUGAAGCUGUUGGGCGCAGUGCUUAAGGAAGCCGUCCGUCGGCUCUCAGGUACUGAAGGUCGAGAGGAGGCUGGCAUGGUCACCUUAGCUUGCCUAGCAUGUUUGAAAGCAUUACCGCUGGGAAGAGCCUCUCUGUGGGAACAUCGACAGGCCAUCGGGAAGCCCUUCGAUGAGUUACACAAGUGGUGUGCCAAAGAGCGCAGCGCCUUGGCCGCAGAGUUGCGUGCCCCCACGCUGGAGCUUUGCAAACGCUGGAAACGACAACCGAAGCCUGCGGCACAGGAACAGAGCCCAGAGGAUAAGGCCAUGCGCCGUCGCGUGGUUGAACUCAUCUCACAAGGUUUGCAAGGCUUUGGUGGUGCUUCUCCAGCAUCUCCAGCCGGUCCCCUACCAUCUCCAGCGCAGCUGCCCAACAACCUGGUGGCUGUGGAGGUGGAGAACUUAUUGUGGGGCAAAUAUGGUAAAGCCAAGGUGGCGGACUACCGGCACCACGCCCGGAUGCUCCGCAGCAACUUGUCCCAGUCCGGGAACUCGGAGCUGCGCGGGCGGGUCCUGUCGGGCGCGCUGAAGCCGGAGGAGCUCAUCGCCAUGGAUUCCAAUGCCCUGGCGCCCGAGGAGGUGCGCAAGAAGCGCGAAGAAGCACAAGAGAAGGCCAUGAGGGAGUCGGUGGUGGAGGAGCUGAUUCCCCUUCACCUUCAAGAUGGAGACAACAGCGCUUUUGACCGGGGUGCAGAUCUCAACACUGCGCCGGUGGUGUGGGUAAGCCCCUCCAAAGAGAAGGAGAAGGCCAAGAAGGAGGAAGUGGAGGAGGACUCACCCAGCCAGAAGGAUGCUCUACGAAUGUUGCCACCACCAACACCCUUCACCUUAAGUACUCCGGCUCCAGCACCUCCAACAGUAGAUGUUAGUACUCCAGAGAUGAUGGCGACUCCAGGGCCUGAUGACGAUGAUGAAGACGAGCUCAGUGUGCUACGCUACCUAUCAGCACCACCAUAGACAUGCAGCAGAAAAGAGAAA